GCAUGCAUAGUCGGAGAAAACAUCAAACAGAAAAGCUCAAGCUUACCGUAGAAAAAUAUUUCAUCUUCUCAAUUUGUGAUGCCUCGUUUAACAGUGAGGCACCUGCAUUCUCUCCAUCAUCAAAGCCCUCCUCUUCCGAAUCCUAUUCAAAACUCAAAUCCCCCAAUUAUAAACCCUAGUUUCAUCCCCCAUCGCCCAAUUUUCAAUUCUAAUCCUCAUUCAAUUUACCCAGUUCAUCAUGUUUUAAACCCUAAUUAUAAGAAUGAGUGCAAAGUUUUUGCGGAGGAUAGUGUAAAGAUUACAAAUUAUUAUGAGAAGAAUUGUGAGAGCAGUGAAUUCAGUUGUUUGGUGUGUGCUGGGCUCGGGCAGAAGGUGGGGAAGAUGCUUGAUCGGGCGUUGAUUCGAACAGGGCGAAUGGACAAGCACAUCCUGAUGUCAUAUUGUUCGUUCGAGGUGGGGAACCGGACUCGAAAGCUGUUCACGAACAACAAGGAGGAGGGGUAUGCGGGAUCUGUGUGGACUCAUGUCGCGUUUGUGCAUCCAGCUACAUUCGAGACGCUUGCAUUGGAGCCGGGAUUGAAGGAGGAGAUCGUCAAUGAUCUGCUCACAUUCAGCAAGGCCAAGGAUUUUUACGGAAAUGUAGGCCGGGCCUGGAAGCGGGGAUACCUUCUCCACAGGCCUCCUGGAACUGGAAAAUCUACAAUGGUUGCCGCAAUGGCUAAUUUGUUGGAGUAUGAUGUGUAUGAUCUCGAGCUGACAUCAGUCGAGAACAACACGGAAUUGAGAAAGUUACUAAUAAAUACAACCGGCAAAUCGAUAAUUGUGAUCGAGGACAUUGACUGUUCUCUCGAUCUCACAGGGCAGAGGAACGAGGAGAAGAAAGAGGCCGAGAGCAGCAAUGCGAGGGACAGGUUCAAGAAGGCCGUGACGAAUGAAGGAAAGGAUAAAAAGACGAGCAAAGUCACUUUAUCCGGGCUCUUAAAUUUCAUUGAUGGCCUUUGGUCAGCCUGUGGAAGUGAAAGGAUCUUUGUUUUCACUACUAAUUACAUUGAGAAGGUGGAUCCCGCGUUGAUCCGAACAAGGCGAAUGGACAAGCACAUCUUGAUGUCGUAUUGUUCGUUCGAGGUAUUCAAGGUGCUUGCUAAUAAGUAUCUGAAUAUCAGAUUUCAUGAACUAUUUAAUGAACUGUUUGUGAGGAUCGAACAGCUGCUGGGAGAAGUUGCCGUGACCCCUGCUCAAGUUGUGGAGUAUUUGAUCCCCAAAUCUCCCGAAGAUGAUGGUGAGCGUUGCUUAUAUGGUUUGGUUUGUGCUCUUGAGAAUGCGAAAGUAGCUUUAAGAGAACAUUUAGCUGCUCAGGAAGCUCCGCAAGAGCAUGGGGGAGGAUUGAAUUUUUGCUUGGGUCCUGUUUGAGUUGAGAUUUGGAUAGAAUGUUUUCAGAUUCUGAGUUAUGAACAUUUGAAUAAAAUUUUAAUCAUUAGAAGCAGGUUAAAGGCCCACGUGAUGCGGAAGUUGUGGAAGAGGAAGAAACCAAGAUGCUAUACGAAGCUUGAUACGCCCUAGAAUAGCUGAUCAUGUAUAAUAGUUUAGGUACAGUUUACUGAUUUGUCAAAAACACAAGUUGUAACAUGCA